CCGUGUACGUAAGCGGAAAGGGAGGGGUCUUCUUCAAGCGGUUGCCCACCGUUGUUCAUUCAACAUGGCAGCGGGACCAAUUUCCGAACGAAACCAAGAUGCCACGGUGUACGUGGGCGGCUUGGAUGAGAAAGUGUCCGAGCCAUUAUUAUGGGAGCUUUUCCUGCAGGCCGGUCCAGUCGUCAACACGCACAUGCCCAAAGACAGAGUGACGGGCCAACAUCAAGGAUAUGGCUUUGUGGAGUUCCUGAGUGAAGAAGAUGCCGACUACGCCAUCAAAAUCAUGAACAUGAUCAAGCUGUACGGCAAGCCCAUCCGAGUCAACAAGGCGUCGGCACACAACAAGAACCUGGACGUGGGUGCCAACAUCUUCAUUGGCAACCUGGACUCAGAGAUCGAUGAGAAGCUCCUGUACGACACCUUCAGUGCCUUUGGGGUCAUCCUGCAGACGCCCAAAAUCAUGCGGGACCCUGACACGGGCAACUCCAAAGGCUACGCCUUCAUCAACUUUGCCAGCUUUGACGCGUCCGACGCCGCCAUUGAGGCCAUGAACGGCCAGUACCUGUGCAACCGGCCCAUCACUGUCUCUUAUGCCUUUAAGAAGGACUCCAAAGGCGAGCGGCACGGCUCGGCCGCCGAGCGGCUGCUGGCUGCCCAGAAUCCGCUCUCGCAGGCCGACCGGCCCCACCAGCUGUUUGCCGACGCGCCUCCCCCGCAGGCUGUGCCCCCGCCCGUGCUGACCUCCAUGGGACACGCCGGCAUGGGCAUGCCGGGCGGAAUGCCGCCUCCCGGCGUCUUCCCCCCCAUGCCGCCGCCGGGGGCCAUGCCGACCAUGCCGCCCGGCAUGGCCAUGCAUCACAACCAUCAGGCGCAGCCGGGCGGCCACCCUGCGGGGCCGCCGCCCUUCCCGCCUGGCUCCAUGCAUGGAGGUAUGCCUCAGAUGCCCAUGCCCCCUCCGGCACCUCCCGGCAUGGUGCCCCCGCCUCCUGCACCCCCGGGCUCCAAUCAAGCCCGUGCGCCGCUGCCUCCAGGCAUGCCCCCACCCCCACCCAUGGGCAUGCCGCCCCGAGCCCCCUACGGACCUCCCAUGGGUCACCCCGUGCCGCCCGGUAUGAGAGGACCUCUGCCCCCUCCCAUGCCUCCACCGGGCUACGGCGCCGCCCCUCCUCGCCCUCCUCCCUUUGGCUACCAGAGAGCACCCCCCAUGCCACCCAGGCCUCCGGGUGCACCGCCUCGGGUUCCCUUAAGAGCACCCAUGCCCUAGAAAUACUCCACAGAUUCUUUUUUUUUUUCUCGCAUUCUCCUUUUUUUUUUUUUUUUUUUUA